CAGCCGCCGCUCCAACCCCAGCCCGGGCCCCGCAACCAGGCCGCCAGGAUGGACGUGUUCAUGAAGGGCCUGUCCAUGGCCAAGGAGGGCGUCGUGGCCGCAGCCGAGAAAACCAAGCAGGGGGUCACCGAAGCAGCAGAGAAGACCAAGGAGGGAGUCCUCUACGUCGGAAGCAAGACCCGAGAGGGGGUGGUACAAGGUGUGGCCUCAGUGGCUGAGAAAACCAAGGAGCAGGCAUCACAUCUGGGAGGAGCUGUGUUCUCUGGGGCUGGGAACAUCGCAGCAGCCACAGGCCUGGUGAAGAAGGAGGAGUUCCCCACGGACCUGAAGCCAGAGGAAGUGGCCCAAGAAGCUGCUGAGGAGCCGCUGAUUGAGCCCCUGAUGGAGCCAGAGGGGGAGAAUUAUGAGGAACCACCUCAGGAGGAAUAUCAGGAGUAUGAGCCAGAGGCGUAAGGGUCCAGAACGGCCCCCCACCAGCAGCACAAUUCUUUCCUUGUCCCUGCCCGCCCCCCAGAACCAGGGCUGUCCCUCUACCCCGUCCCCCAAAACACGAGAUCUUCCUUCUGCUCUGAGGAGCCCUCUCAGAGCCUGUGUUUGUGUCUGUCUGUCUGUCCUACCUGCCCGCGUCCAACCCUGGGGCGUGAACCCGGCUGGGGCUGGGGCUGCAGCUGUGGCUGAGAGUCUCUCCUCACCAGUGUUGCCCCUUCCUGCCCCUCCCGUCUGGUGUCUGCG